AUGAAUUAGUUGUUAACUUUAUUAGGCAAGAAUUUCACGUUACACUUUAGAUCGCGAUAAUUUUGGCUCAAUCUAUAUAUUCCCAUAUUUAGCAUACUUGCUUCUUAAAUGGCUUAAGAAAAAAUAUUUAUAUAAUUGCUUCCUAUAUUUAUUUGCUUGAACAACAACGGAGCAAUCAGAUAAACCAUUCAAUUAUUUGUAUCGGAAAGAACUCGUAAAUCCAAAGAAUUGUAACUUCAGAUUGGAUUGAAUUUAAUUUCAUAUUACUCUUCUUGGAUCAUUACUGCUGUUACUUUUAGCCUUGUGAUUUCAGUAAUUUACUUGAUUCCUUUUUUUAUUAUGUAAUUAAAUGCAGCAGGCUAAGCUUCAGUAGAUGUAAUAAUAUUCAUUUAAGGAGAUAUUCUGUAUAAUAUUGCAUUGUCAUCUUUCAUGCUCUUUUUAAGUAUAUUUUUUGAGAGUCCACUCAAAGCAAGCGAAUUUUUGAGUCUAUUAAAUGUGAUAUUUUCAUUUGCUUCAUAUGUUAACUUUUACCCAUAUCCUGAAUAUUCCUUUUUUGGAUAAUUAACAGCUGUAUUUUUACCUUAAUCAGCUUUUUAAAUGCUUUUGUUUAGUGAAAAUUGGGUUUUUAAUAUAAGAUGGGUUUGCUUAAGUAAAAUUACAUACAUAGCAUUCUUAAUAUUCUAAAUUAUAGUUUAUUUGUUUUGUUUUGUAUACUUUGAUCUAAAUAAAGGAACCCUAAAGAACAAAUUUUGGAAUUGUUUCAAAAAGCAAAAUUAAACUCAUGUUUUCCUUUAAGAUGAUACAUGCGAGUAGAAUAGUGGGAAUAGAAAUUAAUAACUAUAAAAACCAUUUUUAAAUAUACAAUAGGAUUUCGAAAUUCAAGGAUAAUCAAUUAUUAAAGCAGAAAAUCUAGGUUAUCAAAUAGGUGAAUAAUCAAUACUAAAGUCUAUUAAUUUAGAUGUUUAUUAAAAUGAAACUUAUUGUUUAAUUGGUCCUCAAGGGUCUGGUAAAUCCACAUUGAUAAAGAUUCUUUAAGGAUUAACUCAACAAACUUCGGGCACAAUUAAAUUAUUUGGAUUAGAAAUAGAUAAGAACUUAAAAAAAUAAAUUGGUAUAUGUAUGUAAUAAGAUAUUUUGUAUGAAGAUUUAACUGUGUAAGAGCAUCUAUAACUUUAUGGUUCAAUAAAAGGAAUAACUGAAGAAUAAUUAACUAUUCAGAUUAAUAAUAUCCUUAUUUUUUGCUAAUUAGUUGCAGAAACAAAUUUAAAGGCUAGUAAACUAACUAGUUUAAAUUCUAGAAAAUUGUGUAUAGCAAUUUCAAUGAUUGGAAAUCCUCAAGUAUUAUUUUAUGAUGAACCAAGUUAAGACUUGGAUGCAUAAGCAAAAUAGUAAAUUUGGUAAAUUUUAAAAUAAAUUCGAUUAAAUAGAACUAUUGUUUUUACUAGUUUAUAAUUUGAGGAGGCUGAGCAAAUAGCUAAUAGAAUGGGGGUUUUAAUAAAUGGUUAAAUUGUGGCAUAAGGAACUCCAGAGUUUAUUAAAAAUAAUUUUGGAAUUGGUUAUAAUCUGAAUAUGAAAUUCACAGAUGAAAAUCAACUAUUAAUUGAAAAACCAAAAAUCCAAUUAUCAUUAUAAAGAAUUGAUAGUUUAAUAUAAGCUAUUCAAAGAGAUGAAACUACUCUACUUUCUGUAUUACCUAUAAACAAAAUGGAUUAAUUUCAUCAAAUAUUCUCAUAUUUAGAGUAGAAUUCUAAAUGUAUCUUCUCGUUAAAGUAUAAUUAAUUAGAGGAUUGUUAUAAGUCAAUCGACAACUCAGAAGGUUAAGAUAAUAUCGAUUUUAAUGCUCAAGGAAUAUUUCAUUAAUAACCUUAAAUAGAAUUAAGGUCCCAAAUUCAUGGCUUGAUAAAGAGAAAGUUAUUAUUAAUUCUCACUGAGAAAGACAAAUAAAUCAAGUAUAUAUUUUAGUACUUUUUAAUUGCUUUGGCUGUUAUGUUUGGCAUGUUUUCAGCUUUUAGAUUUGUGUUUUUCUAUUUAGGAAUAAAGGCUAUGACAUGUAUUCUAUUUACAGAUUAUUAAUUUGAGGAAAAGAAUACUCAAAUGAAAUAGUUUCUAUUGGCCAGUGGUGUAUCUAUUCGUACAUAUUGGCUAGGUACUCUAUUCACAGAUUUGAUCAUUUCAUUUGUUGAAGGUAUCUACACUGCAGGUUUGUUGUGGAUUUAUAAUGUUGGUCAUUUUGGAUUUCACUUUUUUGCUGUUACUUUGUUAAUAACUAUUUUUGGUUUUAGUUUGAGUUGCUAAGUGAAUUAUUUUAUGUAAAAGUCACAAUCAGGUAACUUAUGUUUUGGCAUAACUUUUUUGACUGUAUUUGUUUUUUAUCUGAUAUUCUUGUGUAUUAUGUUAGGAAUAGCCUUACCUGGAGUAUCUCCUGGUGUAUCUCUUUUAGCUAUGAUGAUGAUGAUAGUUUCACCAUAUAUGGCUUGUUACAUAGGUUUUGGAAUGAGUCCAAGUCUACUGAAUCUAGCUAUUUUUGGUUAUUGGUCUUGUUUAUUAUUUUUACUAAUUGGAGGAGGCUUAUAUUUUUUGAUUUUAAUAACUACAGAAACUAAAUAACACAAAUAAAUAGAAGAAGAAAUGCAUGAUACAAAUCCUGUAAUAGAUUUAUAAGAUGUUCAGUGGAAAUAUGGAUCUAUUGUAACAAGAGAGAAGAUCAAUUUCUAAAUUAAUAAAUAAGAGAUAUAUGGAUUAGUGGGACCUAAAAAUGCUGGAAAGUCACAAUUAAUAAAUUUAAUCAAUAGGUAUGAUCAGCCUGUAAAUGGAAAGAUUAGAAUACGAGAUUAAAACACCCAUGUUGGUUUGGCUCCUCAAUUUUAGAUUUUCAAAUCAUUACUCACUGUACGAUAAAUGCUAGAAUUCUCUGGCAAAAUCAAAGGGUAAUAAAAUCUUGAUUAGAGUAUUGAUAUAUUCUUAAAAGCAUUUGAUAUGUUUGAAAUUAAAUACAAAUAAAUUCAAUAUCUCAAUGAAGCUGAAAUGAGGAAACUCCAUUUGGGUAUGGCAUUGAUGGGAGGUUCAAAUAGGUUGUUUUUAGAUGAAAUACUCUAAGGAUUGGAUCUGAAAUCUAAAAGAAAGGUUUCUUAAAUAAUUCAAUAAACUUCAAUUAACAACGAAGCUGGUAUUCUACUAACAACUUAAUCCAUCUAAGACACCUUAUUAAUUUGCAAUAGAAUUGGAAUUUUCAUUAAUGGAGUUGUAAUAGCUUAAGGAACAAUAAGCGAACUACAAGAUUAACUUGGAAAAUAUGCUAGAUUUAGUGUAAAAACUGUAUUUGGAUACAAAGAAUAAACUCAUGAUUUUAUUUGUUAGACCUUACAAUAAUAAUCGUAUGCUAUAUAACCCAUCUUCGAUGCAAGAGAAAAUUUUUUGUCUUAUAUGAUUCCAGCUUCGUAAUUUAAGAUGUCUAAUCUCUUUUCAUUUUUGUAUUUAGAACUCUAAUUGAAAAGUAAGUUGAUAAAUGAAUUUCAAAUCUAUGAACCAAAUUUAGAAUAAACUUUAGAAUUCUUUGCCUCCUAAUAAAUGAUGGUCUUGAAAGCUUAUCAUUUAAGUUAAAAUGGUUAGGAUGAUUUCAAUUUCGGAUGUGGACUUCGAUCAAUUACAGCUAUGUUUUGUAUAUUCUGGUGA